AUGAGUGGUCAGACGUGUACAGGACCACCGACUGAGAUCUGCGUAGUCACAUCUUGUAUGGUAACCAAUCUAGCUCCAUCUCUUGGAGCAACAGUGACCAUGAGUCCAGAGUAUAAUUCUCGCUUUGUUGCUGCAAAGGCUAUAGAUGACAAUCCAAAAGAUGUUACUGGACAGAUGCUUGUUGGUACUGAUUGUGCUGGUACAAAAGAAACCUUGAAUCCUUGGCUGCGAGUUGACUUGCAAAAGGAGUAUCUUGUGUCACGUGUUAGAGCUAUUCUUUAUGCUGAUAGAGGUGAAAAUGUGUAUGUUCAUGUUGGUAACAGCUUAACAAACAAUGGGAAUGACAACCACGAGUGUGGAAAGGCUCCAUAUGACAUCUCUACUGACAGGCAUGCAAUAUGGCGAGAUGUUAGCUGCAGUCCACCAGUUUGGGGAAGAUACAUUAAUUUACAGAGAAUAGUGAAAAAGGACAUUCUUCAUGUAUGUGAGGUGGCUUUCAACUAUGGUUAGAUGAUGUUGUGGUGUAGGUAGGUGUUGAAUGAAGAGUAAAAUGUCUUGUUGUAGAGUUGGAGAUUGCUAUUCUAGACGAUAAUAUGAAUAUU